GCAGCAGUGUAGAGAUGGCCGAGACGUAAACAAAGAGGUCGAGUGAAUCCUCCAUCAGUAACCAGCAGUCAUUAUUGCUCCCCUUACCACUCCACCUCUCACUCCUCUACGCACCUGCACCCUGGUUGAUCAGGCCAUAAACUAGGAGGCCUGGUCUGGGACUUGGCUAUGAAGAUGGUGACCCCCUAAAAUCAUAUUCAGAUGACUUUGUAUGAUGUCCUGGGUGUGAGACAAGAUGCUAGUGAAACUGAAAUUCGCCGCCAGUACCAAGAAUUAGCACGGCAGUAUCAUCCAGACAAGUCUGGUGUGGAAGGUGCCAAGGAUAAAUUUUUGAAAGUUACGGAAGCCUGGCAUAUUCUUGGGGACACUCAAAAACGUAGAGAAUAUGAUGAUCAGUUGAAGCGUGAAAAGCUUUAUCAAGAGUUUCCUGUAAGCGAGGAGUUAUUUCUUGAAGACCUGGAACGAGAUAGAGAAGAAGGCGUUUACCUUCAUACGUGUCGGUGUGGAGGUCACUACACUCUGGCUGCCCAGGAUGCAAGAAAUUCAACAGAGAAGGAAGUUGUAGUUGCUUGUGACAAUUGUUCUCUAAGUAUUUUGGUUUUACUCAAUUGUGAUGAAAACACUUGAUAGAGAAAUUAACACGGUGCCUGUUGUGAAGCUUUUUGACCACUUCCUGUCUGAUAAAAAAAAAAAACUUAAAAUCAAAUAUGCAUUUUUAGGGAAAUGAAAUGAGUGAGUGAUUGAUUGUUUUUGAAUAUUUCUAAAGCUAUUUUCAGAUUUUUUUCUUUUUUUGGAAAUGGAUGGCAUAAACUUUAUUAUGGUUAGAAUAUGCUAUUAGUUAUACACAUUUGUAAUGUUUGUUUCUUCAGAUCAUGAUAACAUUUAGAUGUUGGCUCUGAAGAUAUGUGACAGCUACAUAAAAUCACUACUGGAAGCAAAGGAAAGUCAUUCAUAUUUUAUUUUGAACUUCACAUCCAAUUUCCUAUGCAUUUCUAUCAGUUGUCUACAGCUCCUGGGUUAUUGGAGUGUAUAAAGAUUUGUUCAUUGUUAUUAUCAUGUAAUUUUUAACAUGCCCUAAUAACAUAAUCAUGAAUUUUUUCACACGGAAGAUUGCAUGAAGUAACAACAACAACAACAUAGUACAGUCGUAGUUUGCAUAACACACCUGCUCAGUGUUUGUGACUUUCUCAUCUUACUGUGAUAUUUUGUUUUCUGCAAGACUUAAAUAGAAAUACAUUUUGUUUUGUAUCUUAGUGAAUUAUCUCCUAUUUGUUCACUAUAUACCAUAUAAUUUUAAAGGGGAGAUGGAAGACUGAAGUAAUUAUAAAGCCUUGAAACCAAUUUUUACAUUUUAUUUGGUAACUGGUGAGAUUCAGUAUAUGCUAAAAAGAUGGAGCGAAGAACUUUAAAGAGUUCUUCAAAGGCAAGUUUGGUAAGAAGUGCUCUUGGGAGAAGAACGAGAUCUGUUUUGACAUUGAUGCCAUGGGAAAAAAGACACCAACACUCGAUGAAAGACUAUUUAAAAAGUCCUCGUAAGAAACUAAGUUUUUCAUCACAUAGUCCUACAAGGUAUUCUGCUACAGGAACUCUGAAUAUUCAAUGUGGCUUUGAAACUAUAAAUUACAGCCCAAGGAAGUCUCUGCUUGUCAGUGAAAAGAACCAAUGCAACUCUCAUAACGAAGGAAAAAUUGCUAAUCUCCAACUGAGUGGUGAAUGUAGUGGCAGAGAAAUGAUUACCACAGGACAUGAUAAAGUGAGCACAAAACAUACACCAGACAUUUGUGAUGCCAGUUUAUGCUCUCAGCAUGUCAGUACUAGUGACAAAUUGGAGUUAAGUAGAAAAUCACUUUCAGUGCCUCAGUAUGCGAAGUCUAGUUUAAUUUUUACUGAUAAAGUGACGUUUCACCAUCAGAGUCAACCUUUAGCUCAUAUUAACAGUGAUAAAAUUGGCAAAAUAGACGACGGUACAUCCUGUGCACAUGCUUCGUCAAACAUGGCUGGGUCACAGAAAUACACCAGUAACUGUUCUCAGCAGAAUAUUAGAUUUAAUGCUACUAAUGACAGAAUGGCUAAAAGUCCUAAUGGCAAAUACUAUAAUGGUACUCUAAACAAAACCUACACAUGUGCAGCUAAGUACAGCCUAGACCAGAUAUUUACUUUUGACUUUCCACAAGUAAAGAAACCUCUAAAGCAAAGGUUGGUAUGAUUAUGAAUUGAGAUCUGCUACUGUUUUUAUUUCUCGUUCAUUUCAUUGUAAAAUUUAAAUUACAUGUAUACUUUUUAUUUCUUUGAAAAUUACAUUUGUUUUCUACAUAUUUUUUUUUUUUUUUCUAAAUUAUUGUGACUUCCAUCCAAAAUUUAAUGUUUGGGUCACUUAAUUUGUGUUUCAUUAUAUGGAUAUUGCACAUUGCCAUUUUCCAAUCUAGAACCAAAAAUACUGUUGGAGCUGUAUUCGGUAUAGAAUUUUUCAGUGGAUCAUAUUUGUAUCAUAUAGGAUGAUAUCUAUUAAAGAAAGGAAUCUGAGUAAAUGCUAGAUAAUAGUAUGGUAAUUGAUAUAAUUCAUGGACAAUUAUGUGAACAUCUUUGUAAAAAAAAAAAAAAAAAGUGCUGAUGAUAGAAUGAAUAUGUGUAUAGGUAAAUUUUUGAAAAAGUAUAUGAAUGCUAUAAA